CCGCGGCGACGGCAGCGUAGCGCUUCCACCCCCGCCGCCCGAGCUGCCUCUGCUGCUGACGCCUGCUGCUGAAGCACAGAUGGUGCAGUCCUUGGGUUUUGCCAUCUACCGGGCGCUGGACUGGGGGCUGGAUGAGAACGAGGAGCGGGAGCUGAGCCCACAGCUGGAGCAGCUCAUCGACCUGAUGACCAACAGUGACUCAGAGGACAGUGGCUGUGGCACGGCCGAUGAGGGCUAUGGGGGGCAGGAGGAGGAGGAGGAGAGUGGCGAGGGGCCACUGCGAGCUGUGCGCACUUUCGGGCAGGCCAUGCGGUGCUGCGCUGCACGCCUCGCUGAUCCCAACGAAGCUCAGGCUCAUUACCAGGCCGUGUGCCGGGCGCUCUUUGCUGAAACUGUGGAACUCAAAGCCUUCCUGGCCAAGAUCCGCGAUGCCAAGGAGAUGCUGCAGAAGCUGAAGGAGGAUGAGGAGGCAGAGGAGAGGCCAGCAGCUGAGCUGGGCAGCCUGCGCAACACAGACUGGGCCCGGCUGUGGGUGCAGCUGAUGCGGGAGCUGCGGCACGGCGUCAAGCUGAAGAAGGUGCAGGAGAAGCAGUUCAACCCGCUGCCCACCGAGUACCAGCUGACCCCCUUCGAGAUGCUCAUGCAGGACAUCCGUGCGCGCAACUACAAGCUGCGCAAGGUCAUGGUGGACGGGGACAUCCCACCACGAGUGAAGAAGGAUGCCCACGAGCUCAUCCUGGACUUCAUCCGCUCCCGACCCCCACUCAAGCAGGCGUCAGAGCGGAGGCUACGGCCACUGCCCCAGAAACAGAGGACACUGCAUGAGAAGAUCUUGGAGGAGAUCAAGCAGGAGAGGAAGCUCCGACCUGUGGAGACAUCAUACCGGGGUCAGAAAGGGUACAGCUCACUGCCCUGCAUCCCGCACGCCUGCUCCAGCCACCUCACGUCCAGCUCCUGCAUCGAUCUCUCUGUGCCCGAGGCCAGCACAGUGCCAGCACGGCCACGGCCCCGCGUCCUGCUCAAGGCACCCACACUGGCAGAGAUGGAGGAGAUGAGCAUCUCCGAGGAGGAGGACUCACCAAGCACAGAGUCUGUCUCAGGGCUGCCUAUGAAGCGGGACCGCUCCUUCUCAGAGCAGGACCUAGCCCAGUUCCAGAGUGAGCUUGGUGGUGGCCACGCAGCACCCAAGGUGCUGGAGUCGCUGGAUCCCGAGCCCCGGCCCCGAUCAGGCUCUGUUCCCGCCAGCUACCACCCAGUGCCAUACGGCUCUGCGCCCCGCGCUGCACUGGGCUCAGUGGAGGAGAAGCCAGAGGAUGGCUCCAGCACUGCGCCCAGCAGCAGCUCCAAGCACCUCUGGCUGGAGUUCAGCCACCCUGUGGAGAGCCUGGCCCUCACGGUGGAGGAGAUGAUCAAUGUGCGUAGGGUGCUGGUCAAGGCCGAGAUGGAGAAGUUCCUACAGAGCAAGGAGCUCUACAACAGCCUGAAGAAGGGCAAGGUCUGCUGCUGCUGCCGCGCCAAAUUUCCCCUCUUCUCCUGGCCUGCAGCCUGUCUCUUCUGCAAGCGGUCUGUCUGCUCCUCCUGCAGCCUGAAGAUGAAGAUGCCUUCCAAGAAGCUGGCUCACAUCCCUGUCUACGCACUGGGCUUUGAGAGCCUCCCAGGCUCACUGCUGGCCAAAGCUCUGCCACUGCGCAAGAGGGAAACCUUCCACUCGCUGCCAGGUCCAGGCUGGCGCCGGGUGGAGGAGGAGUUCCCCCACAUCUAUGCUCAGGGCUCCGUGCUCCGCGACGUCUGCAGCGACUGCACCGGCUUCGUGGCCGACGUCAUCUGCUCCAGUCGCCGCAGUGUGGCCGUCCUCAACGCCGCUCCGCGCCGCCCCGCUGCCCCGCGCUCCCUGCGCUGCAGCUCCUGGCACGAGUGA